AAUGAGAUACAAGUAACUACAUCAAUAGUUGAUUUGUAAAUUGUAUUUAAAUUUAUAUCCAAGUUCACAUCGGUCAUCUAUACUGCAUACACCUUUCAUCAGGCGAGCUUGUGUAACUAAACAUUAUUUUCAUCAUGAGCCGUGCAGGGAUAGCCUACACCCCCUCGCUUGCAAUUGAUUACCUGGAACAUGGCGAACCCAAAGGCUGGGCUGUGAUUCUUUCUCACGGCUUUCCUUACGACAUCCAUGCCUUUGACGAUGUAAUACCGCAUCUUGUCUCAUGUGGCGCCCGGGUCAUUGUGCCGUAUCUUCGAGGGUUCGGACCGACCCGAUUUACUUCGGCAGACCACAUGCGUUCUGGCCAACAAGCCGCACUUGGCUCCGAUGUGAUCCGGCUCCUCGAUCACUUGAAAAUCGACAAGGCGAUUGUGGCCGGCUUUGACUGGGGAGGUGUUGCUUCAUGCGUCUCUGCUGCAUUAUGGCCGGAGAGAGUUGCCGGUCUCGUGAGCUACGCUGGAUACGACAUUGUCGACGUCUCACAACAAAAAGAACCAUCCUCGCCUCAUUUAGAAAGUGUGAUGUGGUAUCAACACCUGUUCCAGAGCGAAAGGGGGCGGAAAUGUCUAGCUGAGAAUCGAAAAGAGUUCUGCGAACUGCUGUGGAAACAGUGGUCGCCGACUUGGGAAUUCAGCGAUGAAGCAUACGAGCGCACAGCAUCUGCCUUUGAUAAUCCCGACUUCGUUGAUGUUGUCAUUCACGCUUACAGGUUUUGUCUCGGUAAUGCCUCUGGGGACCCAGAGCUCGAGGCCCUGGAGCAAAAGUUGGCGGAACGGCCUAAAAUCACCGUCCCGUGCAUAACACUCGAUGGAAGCCGGGACCCGUUGAAGCCCGGCGGGUCAGUAGCCCAUGAUGAAAUGUUUACAGGACGACAUGAGCGGAGAGUCUUUGAUGUAGGGCAUGCAUUUCCCGCCGAAGCACCAAAGGAAUUUGCUGACGCAAUAUACGAUGUCUAUAUUUGGUCACAGCAGUCCUGAAAUUCAUGGCCAAGGACUACGAGUCGAUGAGUCGUUUUGCAACUUUCCUUUGACCAAUGGAAGCAAAACAUUAUGUUAGCGUGUGGUCGGUGGUCACAGAUAGCCUCAGACAGCCGCUCCCCUUGUUCAAGUAGGCGAAAGCAAAAAAUUGAAAGCACAGUCGAAUGA